CCGAGGUGAAGCGCGGACCACGUGGGGCUGCGACGGGCUCGACUGUCCUUCCAGCGGCAGCGCAGCGGGGCAGCGGCGGGGAAGCGGGCAGCGGCGGCAGAAGAGCGCGAGCGGCGGCGGCCGGCCAUGGUCAUCAAGGCGGACGAGAUGACUCCUGCGGGAGGAGCGGCGGCGGAGCAGCCCAGCCAGAGCGCCGUCAAGGACCCGCCGAGGGAACCCGCAGAGGAACCCCCCUCCGCCAUCGCUCUGAUGAACGGGGACAGCUUGCACGAGAACGGCAAGGAGGAGACCAGGCAAAAUGACCACGAAGACCCAAACCAUACAGACGACCAAGAGGUCAUCGUCAUCCAGGACACCGGCUUCACAGUCAAAGUCCAUGCGCCGGCAGUAGAACCCUUCCCCCUGCAAGUGUCUCCUCAAGAGAUGGUUCAGGAGAUCCACCAAGUUUUGAUGGACCGUGAGGAUACUUGUCACCGAACGUGUUUCUCUCUGCAGUUGGAUGGCAAUGUUCUCGAUAACUUUGCUGAGUUGAAGACCAUUGAAGGGUUACAAGAAGACUCAGUAUUAAAGGUAGUUGAAGAGCCAUACACUGUUCGAGAAGCUCGGAUACACAUCCGUCAUGUCCGUGAUCUCCUCAAGAGCCUUGAUCCAUCCGAUGCCUUCAAUGGCGUUGACUGCAACUCGCUGUCAUUCCUCAGCGUCUUCACCGAUGGAGACCUUGGAGACAGCGGCAAGCGGAAGAAGAAGGGUGCAGAAAUGGAGCAGAUUGACUGCACCCCCCCUGAGCACAUCUUACCCGGGAGCAAAGAGAGGCUGCUCUGCCCUCUUCAGCCUCAGAACAGAGACUGGAAGCCUUUGCAGUGCCUAAAAGUCCUAACCAUGAGUGGCUGGAAUCCACCGCCUGGCAAUCGCAAGAUGCAUGGAGAUCUCAUGUAUUUGUAUGUCAUCACAGUAGAAGAUCGCCAUGUCAGCAUUACAGCAUCUACCCGAGGUUUCUACCUCAAUCAGUCCACAGCCUAUAACUUCAACCCUAAGCCUGCUAAUCCCAGCUUCCUCAGCCAUUCCCUGGUAGAGCUCCUGAACCAAAUUAGCCCUACUUUCAAAAGGAAUUUUGCAGCUCUGCAGAAGAAACGGAUCCAGAGGCACCCACUAGAGAGAAUAUCCACCCCCUUCCAAGUGUACACCUGGACAGCUCCACUAGCGGAACACGCCAUGGAUUGCGUGAGAGCGGAAGAUGCUUACACCUCAAGAUUGGGCUACGAAGAACAUAUCCCAGGACAGACCAGAGAUUGGAAUGAAGAAUUGCAGACAACUCGAGAACUGCCACGUAAAAAUCUGCCAGAAAGGCUGUUGAGGGAGCGAGCUAUCUUUAAGGUUCAUAGUGACUUCACUGCAGCUGCCACCAGAGGUGCAAUGGCAGUCAUUGAUGGCAAUGUGAUGGCUAUCAACCCAAGCGAGGAGACCAAGAUGCAGAUGUUUAUCUGGAAUAACAUCUUCUUCAGCCUGGGUUUUGAUGUCCGGGACCACUAUAAGGACUUUGGGGGGGAUGUGGCUGCCUACGUGGCCCCAACCAAUGACCUCAAUGGGGUCCGGACAUACAACGCUGUGGACAUUGAAGGGCUAUACACCCUGGGCACAGUGGUGGUGGACUACCGAGGGUACCGAGUGACAGCCCAGUCCAUCAUUCCAGGCAUCCUGGAACGGGAGCAAGAACAGAGUGUCAUCUAUGGCUCAAUAGACUUUGGCAAGACAGUUGUCUCCCACCCCAAGUAUCUGGAGCUGCUGGAGAAAACCAGCCGGCCGUUGAAGAUCCAGAAGCACAUGGUCCUCAAUGACAAGAGCGAGGAAGUGGAGUUGUGCUCAUCUGUGGAAUGCAAGGGGAUCAUUGGCAAUGACGGGCGCCACUACAUCCUCGACUUGCUCCGCACCUUUCCCCCCGACCUCAAUUUUCUGCCAGUGGAGGGGGAAGAAAUGCCAGAGGAAUGUCAGAAAAUGGGCUUCCCCAAGCAGCAUCGACACAAGCUUUGCUGUCUCCGGCAAGAACUGGUGGAUGCCUUUGUGGAACAUAGGUAUCUUAUGUUCAUGAAGUUGGCUGCUCUGCAGCUAAUGCAGCAAAAGGCUAACAAGCCGAGCAGCCCUUCCGUGGGAAAUGGCAGCAGCCCCACCACUUCCUUUCCGGAGAACGGCGUGGAAGACAAGGAGACAUCUCUGCUAGAAGACGGCAAGAUGGAGGAUAAUACUCCUGGUCUAGAGCAGGUGAAAGAGCUCACAGAGACCAUUGCAUCAGAUGACGGAGCAGUGGACCCCAAAAGCAGAGAGGUAAUUCAGAAUGCCUGCAAAGCUGUUGGUUCCAUCAGUAACACGUCCUUUGAUAUACGGUUCAACCCAGAUAUCUUCUCUCCAGGUGUCCGCUUUCCAGAGUCCAGCAAAGAGCAAAUUCAGGAUCAAAAGAGACUACUAAAGGAUGCAGCUGCUUUUCUAGUAUCGUAUCAAAUUCCAGGCCUGGUCAAAGACUGUCUCGACCACACCAUGUUGCCAAUGGAUGGCACCACUUUAGCAGAAGCCAUGCAUCAACGGGGUAUCAACAUGCGCUAUCUGGGGAAAGUGAUCACCUUCAUCAUGGAGACCCCUGCCCAGACUCAACUUGAUCACAUUUAUAAAAUAGGAAUCACAGAAUUGAUCACUCGGUCAGCCAAGCACAUCUUCAAGAUAUACCUGCAGGGAGUGGAGCUCUCAGGGUUAUCGGCUGCCAUUAGUCACUUCCUCAACUGCUUCCUCAGCUCCUUCCCUAACCCAGUGGGCCACCUCCCUGCCGACGAGCUGGUCUCCCGGAAGAAAAACAAGAGGAGGAAAAACCGGAACCUGGGCACUGCUGACAAUACCGCCUGGGCUGCGAUGAGCCCCCAGGAGCUGUGGAAGAAUAUUUGCUCAGAAGCCAAGAGUUACUUUGACUUUGGUCUGGAAAUUGAAAGUGUUGACCAAGCAGUAGAAGUAUACAACCUACAGAAGAUUACCCUGCUGCGGGAGAUUUCUCUCAAAACUGGAAUCCAGAUCCUGCUGAAAGAAUAUAACUUUGAUAGCCGUCACAAACCAACGUUCACCGAGGAGGACAUCCUCAACAUCUUCCCUGUUGUGAAACACGUCAACCCCAAAGCAUCAGAUGCGUUCCACUUCUUCCAGAGUGGGCAGGCAAAAGUUCAACAAGGUUUCUUGAAAGAGGGUUGUGAAUUGAUCAGUGAAGCCUUAAACCUGUUCAACAACGUCUACGGAGCGAUGCACGUGGAGAUCUGUGCCUGCCUUCGGCUGUUGGCUCGCCUGAACUACAUCAUGGGAGAUUAUUCAGAGGCCUUAAGCAAUCAACAGAAAGCGGUGCUAAUGAGUGAAAGGGUCCUUGGCAUUGAGCAUCCCAACACAAUCCAAGAAUAUAUGCAUCUUGCUUUGUACUGCUUUGCAAACAGCCAGUUGUCCACAGCACUCAAUUUACUGUACCGCGCACGCUACCUCAUGCUGUUGGUGUUCGGGGAGGAUCACCCAGAGAUGGCCCUCUUGGAUAACAAUAUUGGCCUGGUCCUUCAUGGAGUUAUGGAAUAUGACCUCUCACUGCGAUUCCUGGAGAACGCUCUUGUGAUCAACUCCAAGUUCCAUGGGGCCAAGUCCCUAAAAGUUGCACUGAGCCAUCACUUGGUAGCCCGUGUAUAUGAGAGUAAGGCUGAAUUUCGGUCAGCUCUGCAGCACGAGAAAGAAGGCUACACAAUUUAUAAAAAUCAGCUUGGCGAGCAUCAUGAGAAGACCAAAGACAGCUCGGAGUACUUGAAAUAUUUGACUCAGCAGGCUGUGGCCCUUCAACGCACAAUGAAUGAGAUCUACAAAAAUGGAUCCAAUGCCAACAUUAUGCCCUUGAAAUUCACAGCUCCCAGCAUGGCCAGUGUCUUAGAGCAGCUGAACAUUAUCAAUGGAAUUCUCUUUAUUCCGCUAAGCCAAAAAGAUUUAGAGAGCCUUAAGGCCGAGGUACAGAGACGGCAGCAGCUGCAAGAGGCCUUCAGGAGCAGUGACCAGCCAGAGACAGAAGAAAAAAAACCCGAGGAGGAUGUCCAAAGCCAGCCUGUCCACCCCAGCACCCCUUAGCUUGAAGAGCGUUCUAGUUAACUGGUCCUCACGACAGAAUCUGCCCCAGGUGGCUCAGCCUCACCCUGGGACAACUUUGGCAAUGUUGUUUGUUUCGGGGGGGGGGGGUUGUUUUGUUUGUGUUUAAUUUGCACUGGUACAAUGAAUACACAAUGCAAAAGAACGAAAUUUUGAGAAAUGAAGUUUGCCUGUCUAGACUGCCGUAAGCAGGCAUCCCAGAUGGAGUGGAACAGCAGCCGCCCAUGCCCAAAUGGCCUAACUAGACUGGGAGAUGUAGACUAAGGAUGCCACAUCGAGGUGGGACGGGGUAGAAGAGGGGUGAGAGGUGUAUGUUGCGCGUAUGUGUGUGUGUGUGUAUCAUCCAUCCAUUUCUACUGUGUACAUAAGAGAUUUAAUUCCAAGUGAGGGAUAAUAAUAUUUCUCAGGUCAUUUUUAUGUUGACUUUAAAAGGACAUUUAACUUUGCAAAAUGAAAUUUUGGUCACCGCCCCACCACUACUGAUUUUAACGUUUUUUUUUCUUCCUCCCUUCUUCCUGCCUUUAAACCUCAGCCCCUUACACUGUCUAGGUGUGUGCAACACUAUAAAUAUAUAUUAAAUAUAAAUUCAGCCAUAUUUUUAUCUGAAUAUUGAUUUUUUUAAAGAGACCCAAAUGGAUUUGGUACUGAAGAGACAAAUUUUUAAGGCACAACCUUUUUUUCCCUUCCCAUGCUUAGGAGAAAGCCGCUGGAUUCCUUUCAGGUGCCACAUUUUAGCUUCAUGGGGGGGGCAAAAGGGGGAGUAUUGUUCUUUUGCGACUUGUCACAUCCCAGGAAAAAAAGAGUGCCUAAAUAAAUUCCUUCUGGUACACACAAGAUGGAAUAAGAUAAAACAUCCCAAAGAAAGCAAGCUGGAAAGUUAAAAGCCACUUUCGACACUGUUUGAUCAAAGGUGUCUCCCCCUCACCCCACUCCCUCCACCCCAGCAUUUGCAAGUGAAUGG